AUGGCUCGCAUCACUCGACCCCUCUUCUCCUCCUUUUACCUCUCGGCUCUCGUGUCGACGCUGGCUGCCGACGAGGUGAGUCAAGUUCACUUGGGGUUCGCAGCCAGCUGCCCCGACGGCGUCUCGGUAUCUUUUGCGAGCAGCCAAGCCCAGCCCUUCUCGGUCAAGUACGGCGACAACCAAGUCGCCACAUCGACGUCCACCAUGUACUCGGACGGGAGCUACAAGUCACCCUAUUUGCACACGGCCGACCUCUGCAAACUCACGCCUCGCAAGAUGUAUGCGUACUCGAUCGGGUCGUUCCAGGCAUCGUUCGUGGCCCCACCGGCGCCUGGCGACAGCGCCGCGCCGACCGUGCUUGGCAUCGUCGGUGACAUGGACUUCAACGACCGGAGUCUCCGCAGCUUUCGCACGCCAGUCCACGGCCACAAGACGCAAGCGAUCCUCGUCGCCGGCGACUGGACGUACGCCAACGGGAAGCAAAACAAGUGGGACAAGUGGUUCGACUUGCAUGAGCCGACGCUCUCGAUACUGCCGACCACGGGUAUCAAUGGCAACCACGAAGUCACGGUGGGCGGUGAAAAGUACAAGGCGUACCUGCGACGCGUGCCCGGUCCAAUCUCCGAGACCAACAAGGCGGCGUUUCGGACGUACUACGCCAUCAACGUCGGUCUUGUCCAUGCAAUCUUUCUUGACGACUAUGUCGGCUCGCAAAGCGGGAGUGUUGGCGGCAAACGCUGGCUCGCCGAGCGCAACCACCAACUCGAGUGGCUCCAAAAGGACUUGGCGGCCGUCAACCGAUCGACGACACCGUACGUGAUUGUCAUCAAGCACAACCCGUUCUACAGCACAUUUGACGACCACCAGUGCGUGUGCGGGUCGACGCCGUUCGAGAUUAACAACGUCGAGUCGUGCUGGGCCGGCAAGUACAAAAAGGCGUCGUCCGAGCCCCACUGUGGCCUCCAAGCCAAGUUCGAAGACGUCUACAGCAAGCUCAACGUCAACGUCGUCUUUGCUGGGCACUGCCACGCGUACGAGCGCACGCACCCUGUCUUCAAGAACAAGGUCGACAAGGCCAAGGGCGUCGUGUACGUUACGACGGGUGCGGGCGGCCGUGGCCACGGCGGUCGGCGCGUCUCGUCGGUGCCACAGUGGUCGGCGUUUGCCGAGGGCGACAUCUAUGGCACGUCGCGCAUCAUCGCCACGCGCACCAACAUGCAAGUGGUGUGGAUCGCCCAUGACAACACGGCCAAGCCCCUCGACUCGUUCACCGUACUGCCCUAG